AUGGAUGAUUUUUGCGGCUCAAAAUUUUGGGACUUAAACCUUACCUGGUACACAAACGAUCCGGAUCUGACACCAUGCUUCGAGCAAACGGUUCUCGUGUGGACCCCGUGUGCAUUUCUGUGGGUUUUUUCGGCCCUCGAACUAUACUAUCUGCGCAGGAGCCCCAACAAAGACAUCCCAUGGAGCUUCGUUAACCUCUCCAAGCUGACCGUGACCGGUCUGCUGAUCGUGCUAUCGAUCAUCGAUCUCGCAAAUGCAAUCUCAACCGACGGAGUGUCGGCUCCGGUGUACUACUACACGCCCGCGAUAAAAAUAGCUACAUUCAUUUUUGCAGCGAUACUCGUGCUGCUCAACAAGCGCUACGGAAUGCGCACCUCCGGGCUGCUGUUUCUGUUCUGGUUCUUACUGGCCGUUUUCAGUAUUCCCCGGACACGGACCGAAAUUCGGGCGAACGAGAACCGAAUGUUUGAAGACUCGUGGGCCGAGUAUCAGCUGAUUAGUUUCAUGACAUUUUUCGGCGCGACAUGUCUGCUGGUGGUGCUGAACUUUUUCGUCGACAAGCCGCCACGCCAGUCGAAGUAUGAAAUCACCGCCAAAGACUGCCCGGAGCUGUCGGCCAGCUUUCCCUCGCGAAUCUUCUUCGCGUGGUUCGAUCGGCUUGCUUGGGUCGGAUUCCGGAAGCCGCUCGAGGUCGAAGAUCUGUGGCACAUGAAGCCGGAAGACUCCUCGAAGGAGGUGGCACCUGCCUUCCUGCAGCAUUGGAACAAAACGCUGGAGAAGACGUACCAGACGCGUGAAACUAACAACGAGGCUACGUUUAAGAAGCUGGGCAACUCCGCGCGGGUCGAUUUCCGGACGACGAAAAGCAAGAGCAUCGCCUCCAUUCUCCCGGCGUUGGUGAAAACUUUCGGCGGCACAUUUGCGUUCGGAUCAUUCCUGAAGCUUGGCCAGGAUCUGCUGACGUUCGCGUCGCCCCAAAUACUGAAGCUGCUGAUCGAUUUCGUCGGUAGCGACGAACCGAUGUGGAAAGGAUUGCUGUACGCGAUCGCAAUGUUCAUCGUGGCCGGCACACAAACGUUGCUGCUUGGGCAGUACUUUAAUCGCAUGUUUUUCGUGGGGCUACGCAUUCGUACCGCGCUGAUUAGUGCGAUCUACCGAAAGGCGCUGAUCAUCUCGAACAGUGCCCGUAAAACGUCCACCGUCGGAGAGAUUGUCAACCUGAUGGCGGUCGACGCGCAACGCUUCAUGGAUCUGACCACGUACAUCAACAUGCUCUGGAGCGCACCGUUGCAGAUUGCGUUGGCACUGUUUUUCCUGUGGCAAAUCCUUGGACCCUCGGUGCUUGCCGGUCUCGCGGUAAUGAUCAUUCUCAUCCCGGUGAACGGCGUUAUCGCCAACAUGAUCAAAACUCUGCAGAUCAAACAGAUGAAGAACAAGGACGAACGGGUGAAGCUGAUGAACGAAGUGCUCAGUGGAAUCAAAGUACUUAAACUGUACGCUUGGGAGCCAAGCUUCGAGCAGCAGAUACUUAAAAUUCGUGACAAGGAAGUGAAAGUACUUAAGUCGGCUGCCUACCUAAACGCGGGAACAUCGUUCAUCUGGUCAUGCGCUCCAUUUCUGGUGUCGUUGGUCACCUUUGCCACCUACGUGCUGGUGGACGAGAAUAACGUACUGAAUGCAAGCACUGCUUUCGUUUCACUGUCGCUUUUCAACAUUCUUCGGUUUCCUCUGUCAAUGUUGCCCAUGCUCAUCUCUAAUAUGGUGCAAACCAGUGUUUCUGUGAAACGUAUCAACACUUUCCUGAAUCAGGAAGAACUCGAUCCGGACAACGUGCAGCAUGACGAAAAGGAAUCCUCUCCUCUGCUGAUCGAGAACGGUGUGUUUUCGUGGGGCGGCGAGGAGACCACACUGAAGAACAUUAACGUACGUGUCGACCGGAACCAAAUUGUUGCCGUCGUAGGUACGGUCGGUUCCGGCAAGAGCUCGCUGCUGUCAGCGUUCUUGGGCGAGAUGGACAAAAUAUCGGGCCGUGUGAACACCCUCGGACGGAUCGCCUACGUUAGCCAGCAGGCGUGGAUCCAGAACGCGACCCUGAAGGACAACAUUCUAUUCGGCAAACCGAUGGACCAGCGGCGGUACACACGCGUCAUCGAAGCGUGCGCUCUGAAGCCGGACAUCGAGAUGCUGCCGGGUGGCGACAUGACGGAGAUCGGCGAGAAGGGCAUCAAUCUGUCGGGUGGACAAAAGCAGCGCGUAUCGUUGGCCCGAGCCGUCUACAAUGAUGCCGAUGUGUACUUCCUGGAUGAUCCGCUCAGUGCGGUCGAUUCGCACGUCGGAAAGCACAUCUUCGAGCAGGUGAUCGGAUCGGGCGGGUUGCUGGCCAGCAAAACUCGCGUUCUCGUAACGCACGGUAUCACCUACCUGCCGGCGACGGAUCGAAUAUAUGUGCUGCGCCAGGGCGAGAUUUCGGAGAGCGGCACUUACCAGGAGCUGAUGGACAAGAAGGGUUCGUUUGCGGAGUUCCUAAUACAGCACCUUCAGGAGGUGAACGAGGAGGACGAAGAUCUGGAGGAGAUCAAGCAGCAGCUCGAGAGCAGUGGCGGUGCGGAGGAGAUACUGAACCAGCUGAAGCGUACCAACAGCAAACGAUCGCGCAGUGAAAGUACCUCCGAUACGGGGUAACAAACUUUUGCCGACCGCGGCGAGACAUUUGUUUUACAUCACGCAUUUUGUUUUGUUUUUGGACAUAGUUCGACGAAGGAUAUGUCGCGCCAAAAUUCCACCACCGACAGUAACUCGAGUUUGCGUCGCCGUAUUUCCGAAAAGGGAACCGAAGGGCCGAAAACGAAACUGAUUGAACAGGAAAAAUCGGAAACUGGAAGCGUCAAAUGGGAGGUAUACAAACACUAUCUCAAAAGCAUCGGUUGGACGCUGUCUAUUGCUACGGUUCUGCUGAACAUGGUGUUCCAGGGAUUCUCCAUCGGUUCGAACCUCUGGCUAUCACGCUGGUCAACGGACGAGGAAGCGGAAAACAACACGAGCGUGCGGGAUAUGUAUCUCGGCGUGUACGGUGCAUUCGGAGCCGGUCAAGUGCUGGCAAACUUUAUCGCUUCCCUAACGUUCGCACUGGGGGCACUGUACGCGGCCAAAGCGAUGCACGAAAUGCUGCUGCAGUAUGUGCUCCGGUGGCCGAUGUACGUGUUUGACGUGACGCCACUUGGACGCAUGCUGAACCGCUUCUCGAAGGACGUCGACACCGUGGACAACACGUUGCCGCAGCUGAUUCGUUCCUUUCUUACUCAGUUCAUGGCGGUGGUCGCCACGCUGGUAGUGAUCUGCAUUUCGACGCCAAUCUUUGCCGCGGUCAUAGUGCCGAUCGGUGUUCUGUACUACGCCGUCCAGCGCUUCUACGUGGCCACAUCCCGACAACUGAAGCGCCUCGAGUCCGUUUCCCGAUCGCCCAUCUACUCGCACUUUGGUGAAACCAUCCAGGGAGUGCAGACGAUCCGUGCCUACAACUUGCAAGAGCGAUUUAUCGGUGAAUCCGACGAACGGGUGGACGCGAACCAACUGUGCUACGUUCCCGGUAUCAUCGCUAACCGCUGGCUGGCGGUACGGCUCGAGAUGGUUGGCAAUUUGAUCAUUCUGUUUGCGGCACUGUUCGCGGUGCUCGGUCGCGAGUCGAUGAACGCCGGUUUGGUCGGUCUGUCCGUUUCGUACGCCCUGCAAAUCACGCAAACCCUCAACUGGCUGGUGCGGAUGACAUCCGACGUGGAGACGAACAUUGUGGCCGUGGAGCGUAUCAAGGAGUACGGUGAAACGAAGCAGGAGGCAGCCUGGGAGCUACCGAACAGCACGUUGCCGCGCGAGUGGCCCGAACAGGGACGGGUGGAGUUCCGCGAUUUUCAGGUGCGCUACCGCGAGGGUCUCGAUCUGGUGUUGCGUGGCAUUUCGUUCACCGUCGAGGGUGGCGAGAAGGUUGGCAUCGUGGGACGCACUGGAGCGGGCAAAUCGAGCCUCACGCUGGCCUUGUUCCGCAUCAUUGAGUCGGCCGGCGGUUCGAUCGUCAUCGAUGGGCAGGACAUUGCCAAGCUCGGAUUGCACGCGCUCCGUUCGCGCUUAACGAUCAUCCCACAGGAUCCGGUCCUGUUCUCGGGCACGUUGCGCAUCAACCUGGAUCCGUUCGGUGUGCACUCGGAUGAAGACAUUUGGAAGGCUCUCGAACACGCCCAUCUAAAGGCGUUCGUGAAAGGACUAACCGCCGGUAUCAGCCACGAGGUGACGGAAGGAGGUGAGAACCUCUCCGUUGGUCAGCGGCAGCUCAUCUGUCUCGCCCGUGCCUUGCUCCGUAAAACGAAGGUGCUGAUCCUUGACGAGGCUACGGCUGCCGUUGACCUCGAGACGGACGACCUGAUUCAGCGUACGAUUCGUACGGAAUUCAGCGAUUGCACGGUGCUGACGAUUGCCCAUCGGCUCAACACCAUCAUGGACUCGGAUAAGGUCAUCGUGCUCGACAAGGGUCAGAUCACGGAGUUUGCUGCACCCAGCGAGCUGCUGCAAUCGAAAACAUCGGCCUUCUACAGCAUGGCCAAGGACGCUGGAUUGGUGAGAUGGCAUUAAACGCUAUCAAAACUCUCUUAUCUGCGUACUGCAAGACUGCUCCGAAACUCCCUAUUUUUGCUUGAACCUGUCGUUGAUUUUAUAAGGUUCAUCUGUUGGAGGUAAUUAAUCGUAACGAAACUCUGUUUUUCGCAAU